AUGACACCUAAUCCACUACAUAGUGAUUCUAGCACACAGACUACCCAAAUACAUGAUCCUAACACUGAGUCCAAUUAUGCCACGCUGCUGGCUGUGACGAUGUUCAUCGUUCCAGCUUUUCUCACGAUCAUAUCUACACACCUACCUUUACCUCAUUCUCGGACCUUCUUGCCACAUAUCAUCAUCAUCGCGGCGAUAAUCACAACCUUAAUCUUUGCAUGGAUCCUCACCAGGCUGCCGAAAAGAUUCAGGCACCCCAUUGGGGUGCUUCUACAAGCCUUCAACUGGCAUGCAAUUAUCACCUAUUACUACUACAUUGAUGUGUAUUUAGUCCAAAGGCCCACAACUUCGAUAUCUGUUGUGGUCAUUGGCUUUGUCUUGGUGAUGGUGAUAGGGGCUACAGUUUUUUGGGGAGUUGUAGCAUACAGGUGCAGUGAUGAAGAGCUGGGCAUGUACACACAUGUUCAAGGUUGGGCUGAGAAGCUGAUUGGGGCCCUGCUUUAUGUAGGCCAGGGCUUUUUUCAAAUGAUUGGAGGAUUCGCGCAGAGGAUUAGUCAGCUAUUUGGCCGCAGUCACAUGUCCAAUGUCGCUGCCCUGGCUUCAGGCCCAGCUAUGACACCACCUCCACAAUAUUCUCUGUAUGGUACUGAUAUUUCACCCUACAGGUCAGAUAUAGAUAAUAAAGUUUAA